AUGAAUGCUCCGAUAAUAGAUCCAUUGCAAGGAGAUUUUCCAGAGGUGAUUGAAGAAUAUCUAGAGCACGGGGUCAUCAAAUGUGUUGCUUUCAAUCACCGUGGUUCUCUUCUCGCAGCUGGAUGUGCGGAUGGAGGCUGUGUGAUCUGGGAUUUCGAAACCAGAGGAAUCGCAAAGGAGAUUCGUGAUACUGAUUGUUCCGCUGCAAUCACAAGCGUCUCAUGGUCAAAAUACGGGCACCGAUUGCUCGUAUCAGCUGCAGAUAAGUCGUUAACGCUUUGGGAUGUUCAUACGGGAGAGAAGAUUGCUCGGACGAUUCUCCAGCAGACUCCGUUGCACGCUCGCUUAAACCCUGGCUUAACCUCGCCUUCUCUUUGCCUUGCGUGCCCGCUCUCAUCAGCUCCGAUGAUAGUCGACUUUGACAUUGAUUGUACGACUUUGCUUCCGGUCGCUGUGCCUGAGAUGCCAGACGUGUUAGCUCCUCCGCAGCGCAGUAAAUGCCCUGAGUCAGGUCCUCCUUUCUCUCCAGCUGCGGCUUGCUUUAACAAGAGUGGUGAUCUUGUUUACAUAGGAAACUCCAAAGGAGAGAUACUGAUAAUAGAUUAUAAAACUGUGCGAGUUCUUGCUUUGAUUCCUGUGAUUGGUGGGGCACCGGUGAAGAACAUAGUGUUUAGCAGGAACGGGAAGUUUCUUCUCACGAAUUCACACGAUCGCACCAUUAGGAUAUAUGAUAAUCUCCUCCCAGCGAAAAAUGUGCUUAGAUCUCUUGAGGACUUGGUUAAGAAGAUUGAUGGUGACGGUGUUGAGAAAAUGAAGGCUGUUGGAUCGGAAUGCUUGAAGCUCAACAGGGAGUUUCAAGAUUCUGUUACCAAGAUGCAUUGGAAAGCGCCUUGUUUCAGUGGUGACGGUGAGUGGGUGAUUGGGGGCUCUGCGUGCAAAGGAGAACAUAAGAUCUACAUAUGGGAUCGAGCAGGGCAUCUUGUGAAAAUAUUAGAAGGUCCAAAAGAAGCGUUGAUUGAUCUAGCUUGGCAUCCUGUUCAUCCCAUCAUCGUCUCUGUUUCAUUGGCUGGUUUAGUGUACAUUUGGGCGAAGGAUUACACUGAGAACUGGAGUGCGUUUGCUCCUGAUUUCAAGGAGCUUGAGGAGAAUGAAGAGUAUGUGGAACGGGAAGAUGAAUUUGAUCUGAUACCUGAAACAGAAAAGGUGAAAGUAUCGGAUGUUAAUGAAGAUGAAGAAGUUGACAUAGACACAGUGGAAAAAGAUGCUUUCAGCGAUUCAGAUAUGUCAGUGGAGGAACUCCGAUACCUUCCAGCUGAACCGAUCCCAGAUACAAAUGAGCGGCAAGACAACAUGAAGUUGAUCGAAGCUCGUAUAUCUGCAUCUCCUGCUUCUGAAGAGGCUGUUCAGAACGGACAUGGGCCUGACCAUGCAUCAAGUCCACUACUAGGAGAAGAAAUGGGUGAAACACGGGGAAAGAGAAAGAGAAAACCAUCAGAGAAAGGAAUGGAGCUUCAGGCAGAGAAGGCAAAGCCAUUAAAAGGAUCAGUCAGAACAGUACGAGCGAAAAGACCAGUGGUCGAUCAAGAAAUCGAUGACAGUGUAUGUAUUGAUGUAUUCUUCUCUACCACUACACAGCUCUGCGCUGAAUCAAGCUCAAGCUGGGAUAAGCACGAUAGGAAAUGA